AUGACAGACCCAGACCUCAACAAUAAGCUCGAUAGACUACUCACUCUAUUGGAAGCACAGCUAGAGCUUACCAGACAGGGUCAUCAAGAGGAACGAUUACAACGAGCUCAACUGAGCAGGGAGGAGACAAUGGACCUCUCUCACUCAGAAGACCAAGCAGGAGGAGGAGAUGAGUCUAUGAUAGGAGACCCACAUACUCCUACUCCGGCUCCACGACCAAGACGAUCAGUCUCAUUCAACCUGGAUGAGCAGGAGGACAUCAACUAUGAAUAUGUCAAGACUAAGCUGGACCCCUACAGCAGGACCAGGACAGACCCUUACCCCCUGGACCAAGAGGAGGACUUUAGCAUCAUGGCAGAGCUUAACCAGUCAAAGCCCAUCGCCACCCCCUUUCCAAAGUUCAAUCCCCGAGACAUGGAGAUCUUCAUUCUAGAAGCCAAAGCAUGGUUUAAGUUCAACCAGGUGUAUGAGCAGUCUAGGAUGAUCAAUCACAUGGGUGCUCAACUGGAAGGGACAGCAAGAGAGUGGUGGACCUCCAAGCUCCAUAUUGAUAGAGCUAGAGAAGGAAGGUUGUUCAAUGAUUGGCACUACUUCACAGGGAUGGAGGCAUACAACAAGCUGUUGGCUCUCAGACUCACAAGUGAUGCUCCUGGUGCUGCCACAUGUCAUGUAGAGCGGUUCAGAGACUUGGAGGGACAGGUCAAUCUAGAUGACAACGAGCUAGUGAUUGAUCUCUUCAGAGGAAGUCUCACUCACAGCAUACAGGAGAAGUUCGAGAGGAAUCCACCUGGGAAGAGAUGGGAGUGGUACCGAGAGGUUGAGGAGAUUGAUCAACAGAGGAUGUUACUACAGCAGUCCUCGGCUAGACACUCACUUCCAAAUUCCACGUCACCUCCACUAAGAACUGGGUCUCGGCCAAAUCAAAGUUCGAUCCCCAUCUGUCAACCCACUCAACCUUAUCCAGCUUGA